AUGCCUAAAAGAAAGAUUCCUUUAGAAGAACUAGGAGUUGAUGGAAAUGACCAAGACUAUGAAGUUGCCGAUGAGGAAUAUGUUGAUGAACAACAAAAACUACGCACUAAAAGGCAGCAGCGUACUCAUGAAAGACAUAGCACUGAAACUGAUUUAGAUUAUGAAGAUGCCAAUACCAAUACCAAUAACAGAGACAAUGGUGUACUUGGUUUGGAUCCGGAAGGAGAGAAGGUACAUGAUGUCAACUAUAUUGUCAAGUUGAUUUUAACAAAAGAUGCUAGAGGUCAAAACUUUCAAAAACAGCAUAUAAAUCAGUAUCUUACUAACAAGAGAUUCAAAUCAGAUUCAUUGCUAGAUGAUGCUAUUGCUAUAUUGGAAAACGUUUAUGGAUUAACCUUGGUCGAUGCGCCCACAGCUAAACAAGAAAAAAAGUUUAAUGCAAGUCACGGAGAUCAAAGAAAUGUGAUUGAUACCCUGAAUGCCAAUGGUGGUGUAAAUGGUGGAAAUGGUGACAAAAUCACAAAGAAAACCCCACCAAGAAAUAGGUUCUUUUUGGUUAGUAAUCUUCUGCAACCGGCACAACAAGUAUUGGGUGAUUUAUGGAUGACAACAGUAAAUUCUUCACUAGAUAAGACCAAGAUUGGGGACACCAGAUUCUUUUUACCUAAAUUUAAACAAAGCAUUUUACCCAAACUGAAUUCAGACUUGGUUAAAACUGGGAUAAUGAUGCUUGUAACCACUUUAGUUAUAUUAUCAGAGAAUCACAUCAUGGAAUCACAAUUGAUCCGGAGUUUGAGAAAAUUUGGUAUAUCUGACAAUAACGCUAUGAAGAAUAGCAAUAUAAAUAUGAAUUGGGAAGAUGUUUUAAAAGAGUUGGUUAGUCGUGAAUAUUUAACCAAAUUGCAAUUAGCUGAUUCAGAAAAGGAUAAAAUUUAUGCGAUAUCAUUGGGGAGAAGAAGUUUAGCUGAACUAGAGCCAACAGGAGUGUAUGAAUAUAUUAAGACAUUGUAUGGGUCUGAUUUCAAUGAAGUAAUAGCCGAUAGGACAAGAGUGACUAUUGAAAGAGCGUAUAAGGUUGACUUGAAAGAGGAAGCCAAGCAAGCAGAAGCACAAAGACUUGCAGAAGCACAAGGACAUGCAGAAGCACAAGGACUUGCAGAAGCACAAGGACAUGCAGAAAUAUCUAAUGGUCAAGGGCUAGAGACAACACAGAUAAUGUAA